AUGCCGCCCCCAGAAUCCCUCCCCCGCUCCGACAGCACCACCCCCGCCCCAUCCACCACCAACACCCCGCCCAUCCCCAACAUCCCUCCCCGCCAGUCAUCUAACACCGCCCAGGGCGUGCCCCGCUCGCUCGGCGCGUCGUUCAGGGGGCCUUCGCCCCUCUCUGCUCCCAGGGUCGAGGCUGAUAGGAGCGCGAGCACAGGCAAGGAGGGCAAGGAGGAGAAGGGGAAGGGCAAGACGGCGUCGCCUGGGGCGUCGAAUGAAAACUUGAUCGGGGCCAAGACGGAACCUCGCGCCCAACACGCGGCGUCAGCUCUGACAGCUGCCCUUGGCGCGUCCCAGCCCUCUUCCCCCGCCGUCCCUGCGUCCGAAACCCUGGCCCCUACGCCGGGUCUCUCCAGGCAAGGCUCGUCCAACUUUGCGAGACCGUCCUUCUCCCGUGCGGGGUCGGGCGCAUCGACGCCCAAAUUGGGGGUCAGUUAUUCCAAGACGCCGCAGAGUGGGCCCGGGGAUUCGAGUCUGUCGAAUCUUGUGGAUGUGACGGAUGAAGAGAAGGCGCGGGUGCUGAGGAGGCAUUUGGUUAGUGCGGAAGAACGACAGGUGAACCCUUCCCCUUCGCCGAAUGGGUCUGUGGCCGCGACGCCCUCAAAGGUGGACUUUGACGAGCCGGUCAUGCCCGGGGAGAGCGGAGUGACGGGUUAUGGUAGUACGGAUAACACUAGAGAUGAUGCCGACCAGUUCCCCAUCCCAUACGAUGCCCCCGGUGGGGAUGUCACACACGAUCUUUAUAAAUGGCAGCAUGACCACCGAUCCCGUCCCGGCCGUUCCGCCUCCUUCUCCCACGUGCCCGUGGACCGCUCAGAUCUCGACCCUUCGCUCGCGCAUAUCAAAGAGCCAGGAGGGUUCAGGAGGAAUUUUGUGGUGAACAGGGCGCAGGAGCAGGGGUUGGAAGCGCCGGAUAUGGUGAGGAAUGUGAUUGAUUUCUUGUUCCUCUAUGGUCACUUUGCGGGAGAAGAUUUGAAUGAAGACGAAGACGUGCUAGAGGAAGAAGACGAAGAAGCCUUCCCCGCCGGGCCCGGAUCGUCCACCUAUGCCCGCCGACCUUUCCCCGCCGAUGACCUGGAAGACAACACUGCGCGAGGGCAGCAAGUGGGCGAGAGGAGGCCGUUGUUGGGGUCUACGAAGAGGACGAUGAGUAGGCGUAGGAGGGCGAAGAGUGGGCCUGGGCAGGGGACUGCGAGUGUUACGCAGGCUGUUCUUAUGGCAAGUUUUUUCACAAGUUUGUUGAAGGGGUUCGUCGGGACUGGUAUUCUCUUCAUGGGCAAAGCCUUCUUCAACGGCGGUAUCCUGUUUUCGGCCAUUGUGAUGGUUGCUAUCGCCAUGAUCUCGCUCUGGUCCUUCUUGCUUCUCGUCGAAGCUUACAUGGCUGUCCCCGGGUCGUUUGGUGAUAUCGGUGGAGCCUUGUACGGCAACAAUAUGAGGUAUAUCAUCUUAUUCUCCAUCACCGUCUCGCAAAUCGGUUUCGUAGCUGCCUAUACCAUCUUUAUCGCGGAGAACCUCCAGGCAUUCAUCAUGGCGGUGACGAAAUGCGCUACCUAUAUCCCUAUCAAGUACCUCAUCUUUGCCCAGCUCAUCAUCUUCAUGCCGCUGUCCAUGAUCCGGAACUUGGCCAAGCUUUCUGGUACGGCCCUUGUCGCUGAUGCCUUCAUCCUCAUCGGCAUUUUGUACAUUGGCGGCAACGAAAUUUCAGUCUUGUCCAAGAGCGGCGUCGCCGACGUCCAACUAUUCAACCCCGACUCCUUCCCCCUCCUCAUCGGCACCGCCGUCUUCGCCUUCGAAGGUAUCGGCCUCGUCAUCCCCAUCACCGAGUCGAUGAAGGAGCCGAAAAAGUUUCCAAAGCUGUUGUCGGGGAUCAUGGUGCUUGUGGCGGUGUUGUUUGCUGGGGCGGGGGUGAUGAGUUAUGCGGCGUAUGGGAGUGAGAUACAGACUGUUGUUAUUGUGAAUUUGCCGCAGGAUGACAAGUUUGUGCAGGCUGUGCAGUUUUUGUACUCUGUCGCAAUCCUCCUCUCCUCCCCGCUCCAGCUCUUCCCAGCCGUACGUAUCAUGGAGAACGGCCUCUUCUCCAAAUCCGGUAAACACAACCCCUCGGUCAAGUGGCAGAAGAAUGUGUUUAGGGCGUGUACGGUGGUUUUUUGUUCGUUGCUGAGUUGGGCGGGGUCGAGCGAGUUGGACAAGUUUGUUUCGUUGAUUGGGAGUUUUGCUUGUAUCCCCCUCUGCUUCAUCUACCCCCCCAUGCUGCACCUCCGCGCAUGCGCCGAUACCCGCCGCGCCAGGAUCCUGGACUGGACGUUGAUCGUGUUUGGGGUGGUGGUGGGCGCGUUUACGACGGUGCAGACGUUGAGGAGUUUGUUUAUCCCGACGCCGGCGGGGCCAAAGUUUGGGAACUGUGAGUAA